UGCAGAGUUCCUUGGCAGAGCAGAGCAAGUCACACUGGACUGGUGUGGAGAAAUUUUCACUUUGCAAAAGUUUGAGCUCACUGAACUUUUGACUGAGAUUCUUCAAGAAACUUCAACUUUUCACUUCAGCUCGUCACCAAUUCUAAGUCGCUUGAAUGUAUAACAUGAUGGAAACCGAGAUAAAAAGCCCCCUUCCGCAGUCCAACACGGGCUCGGGCGGUAAAAACAACAGUGCCAACGACCAGGACCGAGUGAAGCGGCCUAUGAAUGCUUUCAUGGUGUGGUCUCGCGGUCAGCGGAGGAAGAUGGCACAAGAGAAUCCUAAGAUGCACAACUCUGAGAUCAGCAAGCGUCUCGGUGCCGACUGGAAACUUUUGACUGAUGCCGAGAAGAGACCCUUCAUUGAUGAGGCCAAGCGGUUACGAGCCAUGCACAUGAAGGAGCAUCCGGAUUACAAAUACCGGCCCCGCAGGAAGACCAAGACCUUGUUGAAGAAAGACAAGUACUCCUUGCCUGGUGGACUCUUGGCGCCAGGUGCCAAUGCUGUCAACAACGCCGUCUCGAUGGGGCAGCGGAUGGAAUACACGCACAUGAACGGCUGGACGAACAGCGCGUACUCUCUCAUGCAGGACCAGCUGGCCUACCCCCAACACCCCAGUAUGAACAGCCCCCAGAUUCAGCAGAUGCACAGGUACGACAUGGCUGGACUUCAGUACCCGAUGAUGUCUUCGGCCCAGACCUACAUGAACGCUGCAUCGACGUACAGCAUGUCACCAGCAUUCACGCAGCAAACUUCCAGUGCAAUGGGUUUGGGCUCCAUGGCGUCGGUGUGCAAGACAGAACCAAGCUCUCCUCCUCCGGCCAUAACCUCUCACUCUCAGCGUGCUUGUUUGGGAGACCUGAGGGAUAUGAUAAGCAUGUACUUGCCUCCCGGGGGAGACAGCGCCGACCACUCCACUCUACAGAGCAGUCGGUUACACAGCGUUCACCCGCACUAUCAAAGCGCAGGGACCGGCGUGAACGGAACACUACCCUUAACCCACAUUUGAAAGACUCUGAGAGAAAAAAGACUUAGAACUUCGGAUGCUUGAACAUUUUGAUUUGCAAAAAAGAAGCGAAGUUCAAUUUUGUUUAAAAAAAAAAAAAAAAGACACUAUUUUUCAUCUCAAUGAGUUUUCCGUUUUAAAGCAAAUUAUGACGACAUAUCGGAGACUUGAGUGUUGCGCCCAACAAAACAAAUUGUAUUGCAGAUGAGCUUUUUAUCAUAAGCCGUAUGGCAAUCAACUUCUGUAGAAGAAUAUUGGACUUCUGACUUAUUUGCCGUCAAGAGUUUGUCUCUAUGAAAGAAGGCACGUGGCUUCGUGAAGAUGCUGUAUUUCAAAUACAAAAAUGAAAGAUAAAAUUGAGUAUGUUCACUCAUAAAUGUUUACACUUAUUUUUAGAAUGUCAGUUUUGUUGGCUGUGUCCAAAUCUGUGUAGUCUUUUUGUUCUUCGUUUAUGAACUAGGUUUUAUUGAAAUGAAAGACUGUGCUGUUCGCAAGCGCAAAGUUUUUUUUUAUUUAUAGUAAGUUUUUUUUAAAGCUUGUGAACCUCUGUAAGUCUUGUUGAAAUGCUCCACUUGUUUUGUGAAUCUACUUUUAUGUGAUGUUAUGGCAGUAUCAGGUUAACCCAUGAUGUGGGACGGAGAGUUUUAUUUAAACUGACGUUUCUACUGAAGAACACCCUAAUCCCAAACGAAUAAAUUUGUUUUACUGAAA